AAACUGUUUACAGGUUGCCUAACAACCGUCAAAGCAAACAUCAAGUCUUCUAAACUGACAAUAUAUUUUAUCUUUUAAUAUUUCCUAUUUUAUUAUACAAAUAUUAGUAAAUAUAUUGUACAAUAACAUAAAAGACUGAUAUAUAAAAUGGGUGAUGUAAAGAAUUUGGAGUCUUACGCUAUCAUUGGGUUUGAUGGCUCGGCUAUACGUGGGCUCAAGGUUCACCCUGACAGUGAACACAUAGUGUACCCAAUGGGCAACAAGGUCUGCAUCCAGGAGUGGAAGACGAAGAAGAUGUACUUCCUCAGUGGACAUAGCAACAGUGUAUCAACUGUCGCGAUAUCUCCCAGGGGCACUUACGUGGGUUCGGGGCAAAUAAACCACAUUGGGUUUAAAGCUUCUGCUAAAGUCUGGGAUUUUAAAAAGAAGAUACAAGUUGGAAGUCAUGAGCUGCAUAAGGUCCGCGUGGAAUCAUUAACAUUUUCAUCAGACGAGCGCUACAUGAUAUCGCUAGGCGGUCGUGAUGACGGGUGCGUGGUAUUAUGGGACUGUUUCGCAGAGUCUGCAACAGGAACAGCAGCAGCAACUAGGCUGACCACAGGAGACGCUGUGACGCUGACUGCCCUCAAUUUGAGGGUCAACUCCUUUGUAACGGGUGGCGAUUCAAAUCUGAGAGUAUGGAACAUUCGAGCUGAGAGCAAGAAUCUGGACGUGAUAGAUGUAGCGCUCGGCAAACUCCGGCGCAGUGUGCGCUGCAUCGCCAUUAAUAAAGACGAUACUUAUGGAUAUGCUGGGACCACAACUGGCGAUAUGAUAAAGUUUUCUAUAAACUACCCUUCUGACCCUACGGCUUCGGUUAACAUGUGCAAGCCGGCACUGAUUGGCUGCCUCGCCAAAUGUGGACCGUGGAAGAAGGGUAGGAGACCUGAAUCUCUCUGCUACAGUCAAGGAAUAGAAUCAAUCCUUAUAAUGGACGACGGGUGCCUCAUCGUGGGCGGUGGAGACGGUACCAUCGAUGUCCUGGACGAGAUCAACUGGAAGGGAUCCUUCCCGAAAGGCAAGAUACUAGACCCCAACAAGCCACAUUUUAAAGCAUUAAAAACAACAAAACUGGAAGGCAGUAUAACUUCGUUGGAAUUGAUGGAGUCCCCCGACUUGCGUGGCAACAAGCGGCUCCUACUAGCUGGUACUAGGAGCAGUGAGAUAUACGCCAUCAAUGUGGCCACCUUCAACCCCAUCCUCGUAGUCACGUGCCAUCGAUGUGCUAUCAAUGAUAUUGCUUUUCCUCACGGUAUGUCCGGAGUAUUCGCCACUGCGGGUUCUGGUGACGUGCGAGUGUGGUGCCUGGAGACAUGUCAGGAGCUGCUCCGUAUCGUGGUGCCUAACUUCACGUGCUCUGCUGUACUAUUCUCUGGAGAUGGAAAGUCUAUUGUGUCAGCUUGGAACGACGGCAAUAUCCGUGCGUUCACGCCUCUCACGGGCCGUCUGAUAUACGCCAUCUUCAACACACACAACAAGGGCACCUCCGCUCUCGACAUGACAGAUGACGGCAGGACUCUCAUCUCUGGAGGAUGCGAGGGACAGGUUCGAGUAUGGGAUAUAAGACCGGAGCAACAAACCCUCAAGAAGGUCCUCAAGGAGCACAAGAGCCCUGUGUCGGCCAUACAGGUGUCGCCCAAUAAUAAGGAAGCGGUCAGUGCCGGGACUGACGGCUCCUGUAUCAUAUGGGAUCUCAUUUCGCUAUCCCGUCGUCAAGUGAUGUACGCGAAUACACUGUUCAUGUGUGUGUGCUUCGAGCCGCAGGGCUGCCAGCUACUCACCGGCGGAUCCGACCGGAGGGUCGCAUACUGGGAGACUGGCAGUGGCAACCUUGCUAGAGAGUUAGAAGCUAGCAAAAUUGGCGCUGUGAAUGGACUUCAUAUCACUCGGAACGGUGAUCUGUUCGUUACGGGAGGCAAUGAUCAAAUGGUUAAGGUGAGUACAAAACCUGUAGAAUCAAUUUCAAUGAAAGCAAAGCUUAGACAUUUACCUGAAUCUGAAAGAACCUGGGAAGGAAGGCUAUGGAAGUACCAGGAAGGCAUAUAUACGCACAUGGGUUUGGGUCACGCGGGCGCGGUGACGUGUUGCCGCUUCAGUCCCGACGCGCGCUACAUCGUCAGCAGCUGCGCCGCCGGGAGCAUCAUUGUGUGGAAAGUGCCUGAGCAAUACAUCCGCAAAGACGCCCCACCGCCUCCCAAGACCCCACAAACAGCGGAAACAUCAGCGAAGACCUUACAAGAAGAGCUCCGCCUCCCUCUGGCGGAGAAAGCCCUACAGAAGGCUGCCGGAGACCGACCCUAUGUUCCAUCUGCACCUAACAAGACGGAGAAGAUAGAAGCGAUGGACACGACGCGCGGCAGCGUGCACUCGACGUGCUGUGCGUGCGACUCGGCGCGCACCAACAACACCAAGACCUCAGACAAACCUAAACCCACACCUACAGGACUUAAGUGCUGUAGACCACCAGAUAACUUACCGACGCGGACGACAAGUAAAGAAUACGUGUGCGGCAGUGGCGAUAAGAAAUAAAUACAGUUCAAUUUAGUAUUGUGACUAAGUAUCUGAUUUAUUCACCUACCGAAUUAUUUAUUCAUUGUAGUCUUUUAUAAUUAAACGUGUUUUGGUGAACCUUAUUAUAUUUUCUGCUCCUUCAAACCCUCAAAGAAACAA